AUGCUUGUAGUUUCGUAAAAUAAGUUAUAUUUCAAUGCUUUUAAACACGGUCAACUUGUAAACCAUAUAAUUACACCGUUGUAAACGUUAAGUUUAUUCUCAUUUUCGGAGAAUUCCCAAGUGAUCCAAUUAGCAGGACCUGUGCUUGUAAAAAGCAGUUCGUAACCGUUUUGCUUACAAUGAAACAGUUAGUUAAUAAUAUAGAACUGAAGCACAAGGACCAUGGAAUUGUCGAGACGUUAUGUUCAAGUGGGAUUUCUCUGGUUUUGCACUUUGAAUGGCAUAACCGUCUUUUACAUUACGUCCGGAGGAUUUCGAAAAUCGCGAUUUCUUAUCGGCUAUCGGAUCGUUCACAAUUUUCUAGUUAUAAUCCUCACAGUGAAGUUUCUCUUGGAAUUUUGGCGGGUCAGUGAGCACUCUUUUACUCAGUCUCCUUUGGUUAAACUGGCUGCCAUCACAUACUUUGGGCUGGUUUUCAUAUCGCUGAUUAGUUGCAUGUUUUGUGCCCAUUGCCGCCAGGAUCGCAUUAGCAAUAUGCUAGUUAAGCUACAGGAUAUUGAUGAAGUAAGCCAGAAACGUGGCUAUACUCCUUCACGGGAGAAAAAGAAAUUCCUUGACCUCACAGUAGCCCUCGUCGCUUUGCUCAUCCUUCGGCUUGCCAUUCAUGGCUUCUUAAAUGUGAAACGGUUCUUGAGGGGAUCCCAUAAUCCGUGCAACUGCUUUUUGUCAGAGUGCAUGAUCUUUGCAAUGAACUCUUUAGCUUUUGGCAUCUUGCACGAGCUCUGUCGCAAUUGGUGGUGCUUGCAGUCUGGGCUAAAGAUGAUGCUGUUGGAUGAGAGACCUUUUGAAGAUCGGCUAACUCAUUUCCGAAAGAUUCUGAACAUGUUUCAGUCGCUUAUUGAUAUGACAGAAGAUUUUUGUGCGGUCUUUAGGUUCGUUUUCUUGUGCUACUUGAUGCGAAACGUUUGGAGCGGCAUACGAGUCGGAUACAUGCUGGUCCGCGUCUGCCUGGGUCACAGUGCCAUCGAAUCCGAGUUGGAGUAUCUGCAAAUGGUAUUUGUGACCUGUAUACAACCGCUUCUCUAUUCUAUCAUGAUGAACUCCCUUACCCACACCACGGAUAGUCUCCUGGAAGACACAAAGAACAUGAUGAGAAAAUUCUACCAUCCCAAUGCUCGAGUUGAAAAAACAAUGGAAUGGUUUUCUCUGCAAAUUGCCGAACAGCAUACUUACAUUCACAUCUUCAGUACUUAUCGUCUCAACCGGGCUUUGGUGUUUGAGGGGUGUUCGAUUAUCCUGUUGCACGUCAUCUAUAUGGUCCAGUGCGAAUACACUCAAAUGUUUUAAUUGCUAUUCGCAUUAUUAUUAUUGACAUAAAUACAUAUUUGCCACUGUUUCUUUAAUAAAAGCAUCAAUAAGCACCCUUAGAACUAAUUCUAGUCCAAGAAAAAACCACACAGUGCCUUUAAUGAAAUUUAUUAAUAUUUAAAGUUUAAACAUAUGAAAUACUAAAGUUGCGAAAAACAUUCGAAUAGCAUAUUAUAUUAACGUAAGAAUUUAUAUAUUAAGUUUUUAUAAGUUUCAAUGAUCUUUUAAUGAAUAUUUAUG